GGCGCAGCGCCCCUCCCAUGCAGACCCCCCUAGAGGCAUGCGUGGAGCGCUGGGGCGCAUCUCCUGCGCCGCAGCCCGGGGUGGUGGCAGUGCCAUGGUGGGGGCUCCCCAAAAACGCGGCGCCCCGCUCCCCCUCCUCCUCUGCCUCCUCCCAGGCUGUUGGUGCUCGCUGCCCGCGUGCCGCGGCGCCGCCUGCACGGUUCCGCCAUCACGCAUGGCCGUGACGCCGGUGACGGUGGAGAGCAACGGCAGCGCGUCGGCACGCUGCGGCCAUGGGGGCGUCAAGGUGGAACCGGGCCCCACGUCACGCGUGGGCACCGUCGGGGACCAUCUGAGCCUCGAGUGCCGCUUCCAGGCGCCGCCGCACGCCCGGGCCAACUGGUAUCAGGUUUGCCCCCGCGGCAACUGUAGCCACCCCCGAGCCCUGGUGGAGGCCGACGGCGCCGGGCGGCUGCUGCGGCACGAGGACGGUGCUGUGGUCCUCACCUUCGUGCGCCUGGCGCAUGCUGACAGUGGGCUCUACUAUUGCCGCGUGGAGGCUGGCGGCAACGCCGCGCAGUCCUGCGGCACCUUCCUGCGGGUGCAUGAUCCCGUCUCCGUGCCGUUCCUCAACAUCAACGAGGCCACCAAGAACCGCAUCAUCACGGCCGAGGGCAUCCUGCUCCUGCUCUGCACCGUGGGGCCGAGCCUCUUUCUCCUGUUCAAGAAGCGCUGGGCCAACGAGCGGCUGCUGCAAACGAAGAAGAGUGCCUUGGAAGAGGAGAAUCUGUACGAGGGCUUGAAUCUGGACGAGUGCUCCAUGUACGAGGACAUCUCAAAGGGGUUGCAGCCCACCUACCAGGACGUGGGCAGCCUCCACGCCGUGGACGCCCAGCUGGAAAAGCCCUGAGGGGUUUAGGGGGCCCCCAGCAUCACCCCCCCCCCCCAAGGUGGAAAAGCCCUGAGGGGUUUAGGGGGCCCCCAGCAUCACCCCCCCCCCCAAGCUGGAAAAGCCCUGAGGGGUUUAGGGGCCCCCCAGCAUCACCCCCCACCCCAAGCUGA